AUGUUUCUGCAAACACAGAAAGGCGGCAUUGACCCUACCACGUCUGGGACUGAGGAGUGUACAGACUUCUUUCACUACCUGUACAGCCAGGGCAAGAAGGCGAGGACCAUCGACUUGGCCAAGUCAGCCCUUGUUGCCUACUUCAACGCCAGACGAGUGGCGCCGAACCCAGCACAGGACACAACUGCGCGCCACUACAUCGUUGGCCUUCAGAAGUACAACAAGCAGAACAAUGUGGACGAGGAAAAGAAGGCGCACCCGCUCACCGUGCAGGAGCUCUCAACACUUGUCAACGCAUUGGCCAAUCUGCACCCGUUCUUGGGCUCGAUGCUGCGAUUUCUCUUGGCUGUGAGCUUUCUCGGUUGCUUCCGCAUGAGUGAAGUACUUGCCCUACGGUGGAAUGAUGUGCAAAUCGUGUCGGAUCAAAUCGGAAGGUACCUAUCGGUACCACUGCGGUGGCACAAGAAGGCCGGUGUCGAGGAAGACUGUCAAGUGUACCACCUUGUUGACGAAACUUCAUUCCCAUGCCUUCUCGUGUGUGGCUUCCACGACGACUAUACUGCCAAGCUGCGGGCUUACUCACAAUGGGGUGCCAAGGGUUGA